CUGAACGCCGUGACGGUAGCGGUGCGGGGCGCCAUUCAGGUGAGCUCCAACGACGCCGAUGCGAUUCGAACGGCCGGCCUGCGGCUGCUGGAGGCCGUGCUUGGCAGCAACGAGGUGGUUUGUGACGACAUCGUCAGCAUCAUCUUUUCGAUCACCCCGGACCUGACCCGCGCCAAUCCAGCGACCGCGGCUCGCGCUGCCGGCUACGCGGAGACGCCGCUGUUCUGCGUCCAGGAGGCCGUCGUGGACGGUCAGCCGGACCGGAUCAUCCGGAUGCUGCUGACCUAUCGCAGCGGCACCGAUCGAAAGCCGGUGCCGGUCUAUCUGGAUGGGGCGCAGGUGCUCCGGCCGGACCUGCCGCCGCCGAGCCCGUGA